UCACCGUUUCUCCUCCACCGCAUUUGCUCUCACAGGCUAUUAUCUUUCCAAUGCCAUGCUCGGAAUUUAGAUGGAUCAUAGCUCCUCGUGCCAGACCGAUACUAUCCCACAAUAGCCGUGGGCUACUUCUCAAAUACCGUCCCCUCCCACAUACUACUACCCAGCGCAUUCGUCUGUCGCUCUACUCCAGCUCUCGAUGUCGUCGUCUAGUCAGUCAACCACCAAUCAUAUGUUUCAUGGAAUGCAGUAUUCCACGAUAAAUGGCGGAGAGUUCUACAACGUCGGCCAUGACCUUGUUCGAAAUUUUCAUACUACGGCCGCCAACCCACAGAGAACUCUAUGGGACGCAAUCGCUGGCGUUGGAGCUUCCUACAAUUCCGCCUUGCAGUUUGAUCGUGGCAGCUGUCUCCCUGGCACCCGAGAAGCAGUUCUACGAGAUAUCCAUGAAUGGAGUUCCUCUGAAAGUGAUUCCUCCAAACCCGUAUGCUGGCUUUCAGGAACUGCAGGUGUAGGAAAGUCGGCCAUUGCACUGACAGUUGCUAAAUCAUGCGCCGAAAACAAUCGCCUCGCAGCCUCUUUUUUCUUCUUCAGAUCCGACCCCAAGCGCAACAACCCAUCCUCCCUCAUGCUGACAAUCGCGCACGGUCUCGUUACCACGAUACCAUCGCUGCGCCCUAUCAUUCAUGGCAAGAUUGCCACCGAUCCUAGGAUCUUGGAAGCCACUUUGGAAGAACAAUUCAGAGAGCUCAUUGUCUCUCCAUUAUUGAAUGUCUCCCCGUCAUCGAAUGUCUCCUCGUCAUUGAAAAGGAAACGGGGACAAAGACGGCAGAGACACGUGCCAGAGCAACCGUUGCCUCAGUCGCCGGCUCAGAAAGAUCCCAAUCUCGUCAUUAUUGAUGGCCUGGACGAGUGCAAGGACAGCGACACCCAGUUGCGACUUAUCUCUAUACUAACAUCUGCCUAUCAACAUUCCCCUCAUUUCCCGCUGCGACUUCUUAUCUGUAGCCGUCCUGAAUCAUGGAUUCGAGAGGCCUUUGAUCUUCCAAACCAUUGUAUCCUCACUAAACACAUAAAGUUGGAUGAUUCUUAUUUGCCGAACAAAGACAUCGAACAGUACUUUCGCAGCCAGUUCACCAGCAUUUGCACAAACAUUAAAUACAAACGGGUCGAAUUUCCCAACCCAUGGCCUUCCGAAGCUGACAUAGAGUGUUUGGUUCACAAUGCUUCAGCCCAAUUCAUUUAUGCGACAACUGCGAUGAAGUUUGUGAAAGCGGAAUAUUCAUCCCCUAUCAAACAACUUCGCAUAGUUCUCGAUAGUCGAUCUAACCGAAUCUCUCCAAAAUCUCCAUUCCCUGAGCUCGACAACCUCUAUCAUAUAAUACUUUCCACCCAUCCUGAACGAGACACACUUCUCUCUAUCCUCAGUGCAAUUCUUCUACUGCCAGAGUAUGCCAAAAACCCGGAGUUUAUUGAGUUAUUGCUUGGAUUCUCCCCUGGAGAUGUAGACCUUUCGUUGCGAGGAAUGCACUCAGUACUCGACAUUCGCGGCGCGACGGAUGAUAUUUGGGUUUACCACACUUCCUUCACUGAUUACCUCUGCACCAAGUCUCGAUCUGCCGAGUUCUACAUUGACGAGCCUCGGCAACGCGACUUCCUUGCUUGUCGAUGGCUCAUGGCUCUUAGUGAACACUGCCAGCCCCAGGCAAAGAGCUUCCAUUACCCAACUGUCAAAACCUUCUUGAAAAAAUGGGAUGACUUUUGCUCCUCCAUGAAACAGCCUAGCAAGCAAUUGCUAUAUGAACUUGGAUCUCUCGAUCUUCUCAGCCUCCUCAUUCCUACCACCGGUGUUAAUCUGGACCUGGACCACCGUGUGCGUGAGUCGUGGGAGCGGUGGGUGUCAUUAUUCGAUUUUUUUCAAACCAUUGCUUCCUGGUUGAAUGGACAGGGUGUCGACCCGGAAAUUAUUGAACGCUUCGUAGAUGUCCAGGAUCGUAUCCAGGUGAACCCCUCACUGGAUGAAGAAACUCGAAGUGACCUUGAAAGCUGGGUAGUCUUCAAUGUCACUGGUUGCGGGUACGAAUGUCCAUCGACAAAACAUGUUGAUGCCUCAGUGGCGAAGUUGCUCGGCAGUGCACGGAAUAGCGAGGCUUCCUCAGGUCCUCUUUCAUUAGCCGGGCCUACUAGUACUCCAGGCACCAGCAUCGAUAUUCCAUCUGGUUGCUUUCGGACUGUGAAGCGCCUGUGUGAUGAUCUAGAAACCUCAAUGACGAGAUAUCAAAAGUUGAAAGCAGAAUCGGACAUCUCGGAAAUACGGUGGACUGUUUACAAUCUACUGGAUUCAACGCUACUGACAUCCUGCGUACCCCAACCUGGACUUCUCUCUAUACUCCGUACAAUCUCCGACGCGUUGAAGAUGGAUUCCGAAAUCCAUCGAAGGCGGCUUCGCGUAUUUGAGGAAUGUCGAGAGAAGCUACUUUCAUGGUGCGAGUCCUUCCCGGAUGGUUAUGCGGCUGAAUGUACAGAUCUCGUCAAAAACCAAAUCUUCCCUCUUAUCGAUUUGGGAAUGUAGUUUUGUUGUAGUUGGAUUGACGGGUCGCAAUUUGGUCGCAAUUGGCAAAAACUUCAAUCUGACGUUCGUCCAUGAUCCGGAUAGGUAGUAAUUGAUUGAUACUUGGCUAUGCACAUUAAACGACGUACUCUAUAUUACUUAACUUACGAAGAAUUCCACCUGCAAUUUUUGUGGAGAC